AUGCAACCUUCAUCGUCAUCCAUUACGAAGGCUGAGACCCUGAUCAGUGCCCUGGAGCAGUACGGCCAAGGUGAUUACAUUGGCGAGUCCAUUAGCCAGCUCGAACACUGUCUUCAGGCCGCUCAUCAAGCAAGCAAGUCUGGCGCACGGGAUGAAUUGGUGAUUGCCGCCUUGCUCCAUGACAUCGGGCAAAUUAUUCCGCUUGAGUCCGUCAAGGAGGUUCGCAUGAACCUUCGUGGAAGUAGCGAGAAUGUCGGGCGUGUCGGCCAUGAGGCGAUUGGCGCCACCUAUCUUCAAUCUUUGGGGUUCAGUGAGGCGGUUUGCAAACUCAGUCAAUAG